AUGCAACCAUCAAUUCACGAUUACUUCUCAAAUGACCAAACAAUUGAUAAACCUGUGCGUGAGAGAAUUGACAAAGAUUUUUAUGCCUCCCUUCCAAAAAAACCAAUUGAAGAACCAGAUUGCCAAAAAAAAGAUAUCUAUUGUAAUGCUUUUAAAGUUAAUUUCUCUUCCAUGAAUUUAACUAAUUAUGAAGCUCGUUUUGAGCCAGAAACUGAAAAUACCUCAUUAAAAAGAGCACUUCUCUAUGCCCAUUUCCAACGUAGAGUUAUUACUGAUGGUAGAAUGGUUUCAGUUCCAGAAGAAGUUCCAGAAGAUAAACGAAACUUCCAAAUUAAAGCAAGAAAUCAACAAGUUUUUGAAGUUGAACUUGUACCAGCUACUGGAUCAAAUGACCUUGAUAUUCAAAAAGCUAAUAUGUUAUUAAAAUCAAUUAUUAUUGAUGGAAAUAAGAAAAUGGUAUCUUGGAAAAAGAGUUUCUUUGACGUAAGUAAACCAGAAGAAUUUACCUCAGAUAGAGGGGCUAGACUUGCUGUUCUUCAAGGAUUUUCAUCUACUACACAAAUAUUUGAUACAGACCCAUAUCUUGUUAUUGAUAAAUCUUUUAGGUGUUUGAGAACGCAAACCUAUUUAGAUUCAAUUCGUUCAAAAGAUCAAGACACAAUUAAAAAAGAAUUCCAGCCAAUGGUUCUUUAUAAUAGUCAAACUAAAAGAUUAGAAAAAAUUGAUGAUAUUGAUUUUGGAAAAAAUCCAAGCUUUAGUUUCACUCGUAAAGAUGGAAGUUCUGUUUCUAUUGCUGAAUAUUAUAAACAACGUUAUCAAAUUGAAAUUAGAGAUAUGGAUCAACCAUUACUUGUACAAAAGAAAAUAGAAAAAGAUUCAGAAGGAAAAGAAGUCGAAAAACAGCCAUGUUAUUUUGUUCCAGAACUUAUGAGACUUACUGGUAUGUCAGAUGAUAUGAGAGCUGAUAAUCAAUUUAUGAGAAAAUUAGCUGAUUUAUUUAGUGCUGAUCCUCAAAAGAAAAUGGAUUCACUUAAAAGUAUUGUUGAUGGUAAUAUACAAAAUAUUCCAGACCUUAAACAAUGGAAAAUUAAUGUGGAAAGAGAACCAGCAUGUUUCUCAUCUUAUGUAUUACAUAAUCCACAAAUUAUUUCAAAGAAUAGAAAUAUUGAUGUACCAAGUAAUCGAGAUUGGAGAACUGAUAUAAAAAACUUUGUUUUUUAUGAUUUAAAACCUUUAGAUAGAUGGACUGCUAUUGUACCAAGUCAAUGUAUGAGUGAAUUUAAUUCAUUUGAACAUCAACUUAGUAAUUUCUAUGAUCGUAUGAAAAUUUCAUACAGACAACCUAAUGUUAUUAAUUUAAGUGGAACAAAUAUUGAUCAAUAUAAACCAGAUUUAAAGAAUAGUUCUAUGGUAUUAGCUGUUUCUGUUACUGAUAGUAUUUAUGAACAAAUUAAGAAAUUCUGUGUCGAUGAAAAUGUUCCAACACAAUGCAUUAAACCAAAUACUUUAAGAAGACAAUCACUUACACCAAUUAUUCAAAUGAUAACAUUACAAAUGCAAUCUAAGAUGGGAGGAAUUCCAUGGAAAACUGAAAUCGAUUCAGGUUUUUCUGAUGGUAUGACAGUUGGUAUUGACGUUAUUUCAGCUGGUAAAGAUAGAGAAAUUGUUGCUAUUGUUAGUUCAGUUGAUAAAAGUUUUACAGUUUAUAAGAAGAGUUCAGUUGUUGAAAAGAAAGGACUUCAUACUGCUGGUAUUCAUAUUGGAGAAUUUAUGAAGAAAGCUCUUGAAUCAUAUACUGAAUAUAAUGGAAGUCAUCCAAAGAAAGUUAUUAUUUAUAGAGGAUCUGCCAAUACUGGUGAUUUGAAAAAUAUUCAACAAGGAGAAUUAGUUGAAGUUAAAAAGGCUAUUGCUGAGUAUGACCAAACUAUUCAAUUUAUUUAUAUUACUGUGAAUAAUAAACAUGAUAUGAAAUUCUUCUCAAAAGAUGGAAAUAAUUUUAUCAAUCCAUUACCUGGAACUGUUAUUACUCAAGGAGUUACUAAAACAGAUUUGUUCCAAUUCUAUUUAGUUUCUCAUGUUCCAAGAAAGGGAUUAGUUAAACCAUCAAUGUAUUUCGUGUUAGAAAAUACUAUUGAAAAUCUUUCACAACUCUCUCUUUAUAAUCUUACUUAUGAACUUGCUCAUUUAUAUUUCAACGGUGCUAACUCUGUUUGUUUCCCAACACCUUUGUAUCAAGCUAAUAAGUUCUGUAAAAUGUUAAAUGAUUGUGGAUAUGUUGAAGGUACUAGAAAAUCAAGUAGAGGAGGAAAUGGUGGUUUCCAAAGAGGAGGAAGAGGCUUCGGUGGAGGAAAUGGACGUGGUAGAGGAGCUGAACGUAGAGAAGACAGAAGAAGAGAUGAUCGUGAUAGACAUGACUAUGACCGUAGAGAUGAUAGAGAUAGAAGAGAUUAUUAUGACAGAAGAGAUGAUCGUGAUAGACGAGACUAUUAUGACCGUAGGGAUGAUAGAGAUAGACAUGAAUAUGAGUCAAGUCGACGUGACGAUAGAGAUAGACAUGGAUAUAGUUCGAGUAGAAGAGAUGAUAGGUAUGAUUAUGAAUCAAGUAGAAGGGAUGAUAGAGACAGACAUGGAUAUAGUUCAAGUAGAAGAGAUGAUAGAGAUAGAUAUGAAGAAUCUAGCAGAAGAGAUGAUAGAGACAGACAUGGAUAUAGUUCAAGUAGAAGAGAUGAUAGAGGAGAUAGGUAUGAUGACCGUUCACCAAGACGAGAUGAUAGAAGUUCAAACAGAAGAGAGGAUAGAGAUCAUCACCACUAA